UGCGCGUUUUAUUUUUAUCUCUCUUUAUCUCUCUCUCUCUCUUUCUUCUACAAUGGUCGAUUUUUCAUCAGUAUUUAAAGCAACUUAUUCAGGCGUACCUGUGUACGAAAUGCUAUGUAAAGGAGUGGCUGUUAUGCGAAGACGUUCUGAUUCUUACUUGAACGCCACUCAAAUUUUAAAAGUAGCUGAUUUUGAUAAACCUCAACGUACACGCAUUCUAGAACGAGAAGUACAAACAGGUCAACAUGAGAAAGUUCAAGGUGGCUAUGGAAAAUAUCAAGGCACUUGGGUCCCAUUUGAACGUGGAAAGGCCUUGGCCGUAAUGUACGAAGUAGAUAAGGAUUUGGCUCCCAUUCUUGAAUUUGUAAAAGGGGAUGAAAGUCCACCAUUAGCACCUAAGCAUGUUACAGCGGCUUCAGCACGACCUAAAAAAGCGCGUGAAACACAGACACGUACCCGAAAACGAGUCAAGCAUUAUGAUGAAGACCUAUCUGAUCUCGAGAUAGAACCCACACACACCACCACCACUACUACUACUACUACUAACACUGCCAACACUGAGCCUGAAGACCAACACCAUCACAACCAUCAUCAUAGCAAUCAUUCUCAUGUAGGAAAACGUCCUACACGUGGCAAACGAGAAAAACAGGCGACAAAGACGGAAGAACCAGCGGUUGUAGAAAAAGAAAAAGAAGAAGAGGAAGAUGAUAUCAUGUCAGGCGACAGUAUCCCCGACUACGAAAUGUCGGAGAAGCCCUACGCACAAAAAUUGUUGCAAUAUUUUAUGUCUAGCAAAAGUGGAAUUUCUUCCUUGUUGCUACACCCACCGCGUGAUUUGGAUAUUAAUGUGAUUAUCGAUGAUGAAGGACAUACGAGUUUGCAUUGGGCUGCCGCCAUGGCUCGUAUUAAGGUUGUUAAACUCAUGAUUGACAAUGGUGCGGAUAUGUAUCGCGUCAAUUAUAAGGGACAGACAGCUUUAAUGAGAAGCGUGCUUUUCACUAAUAACUUUGAGUCCAAGACAUUUGAUGCUUUACUGACACUGCUACGUACCACCGUAUUUAAUAUCGAUAAAAAAGAUCAGACGGUAUUUCAUCAUAUCGCUACUACCUCAGCUUGGCGAGGCAAGAUUCAUGCUUCUCGCUACUAUAUGGAAUGCUUAAUUGCCAAACUGAUCACAAAUCGCUCAGAACUUAUCUCCAUCCUAAACGUACAAGAUGCCUAUGGCGAUACAGCUCUCACUAUUGCUGCUCGUAGUGGAAACAAGCGGCUGGUCAAAAUGUUGAUUGAUGCAGGUGCAAGUACAGAAAUUUCCAAUGAAGAAGGCAUGACUUCCAGAGACUACUUUCACGAAAUAGAGAAAAACACAUCGUCCAGCUUAGAAGCGCAUGGUUCACCGCCUAUCACCAACGUUUCUUCGCCCAGUAGUGAAAAUAGUGAGAGUAUUAUGACUGAAAUGGAUACACGUGAAAUACUACGUAACAAAAUUGAAGCCAUGUUUCAAGUCGUGACUAGUAAUACAGGUACAGUCCCUCCCAUCUCGGAGGUGUUUGACAAUUUUGCCAAAAGCUACGACAAAGAUCUAAAUACGCGCGAAAUGGUGCUACAAAAGAAAAAGAUUGAAUUGGAUCUUUACACCAAAAGGUUGGAAGAGACACGUAGAGUACAAGAGUCUAUACAACUGGGUACAGAUAAUGAACAAGUAGAAGGGGUCAUUCGGAGAGCGGAAGAGGAAGGUACUGAAAUGGAGCGUCGCUUAAAGAAAUGGCUUCAAUUUAGUCAAAAGAAGACACUGCAAGCGCUAGAGGAAUAUUAUCACAAGGAGAAUGGAGAAAAACCACCGUCUCCACCACACCAGUAUUCACUGGCAGAUCUACGACAGACCGAAUCUCAGUUACGAAAAGAAUUACAUGAUUUACAAAAGGCACGAAAAGAGCAUGUGGAUCAUAUUGUGAAGUUACAUGCACGCAUACCACCCAAGAAAUAUCAAGAUUAUAAGCGCUUGAUUUCAACCUGCUGUAAUGUAGCAUAUGAAAAUGUCGAUUUAAUGUUAAGUCCCUUACUAGAUUCGUUUAAUGAAGCUACAGAAGAGCAACGAGAAGAAAUGAUGGCUGCAAAUUAAAAGAAAGGUCCUCCUGUUUUAAAUAAAGUAUUUUAUAUAUAUAUAUAUAUAUAUUUAUAAUUCAGAGUGUUCUAGCAGGAUAUGUUCUACAUGAUGAAUUGAAUCACCCACUUCAUCUUCG